AUGCCAAGAGGUGUUAUGAUACAUGCCAUGCAUCAAUUUAAUGAGUUCAAUGACACUUAUAUCGAUAACAAAUACGAUAUAUCUGACGAGCAAUAUUAUUAUGGCUCUAACAAACGCAAAAGGAAAACUGCUGCACCUCAGAAACGUGAAUCAACAGAAGAGGACUCAAGAGAAGAUGUCAAAAUGAUACUUAAAAAUUCACCUUUUGGCCCUAUAAAUUUGGUUACAAAAGAAAAUAAUGUUCUUCCUUCCUCUUUAAAUGGUACAGAACGCUCAAGUGAAAUAUUAAGUGAUGGCAAUAUAACUGCAUCUCCGGAACACGUUAAACUUUAUGCUGCUAUGUUAAAUUAUUUCUUUUGA